AUAGACUGAAGAAGGGAGCAAAGAAAACGUUGGAAAAAAACAGAGGCAAGGAGAGAAAAAGAGGUCUUAUAAAUUCUGCUUCUUUGUCUCCCGAUUUUCAUGUCCUUGUGUUUCUUUCUUUCAUCAGUUAAGGUCACAUAAGUUGUGAAAGGGAAUUUCUGUUCAGAAGGUCUUGCUGAUGAAGCUGGCUGCAAUUUUCCAUUGAAUAUGGGAUUUUUUUAAUGCUGAAAAAGGAUUUGGCAGUACCCUAUUCUCAAGCAGUAAAUUAGGUUUAAAAGAAGAAUCUGGGUCAUGCACCAUGUGUGCUCCUUCAUGCUCACCAUGUUUGCCUUCUGAACAAAUGGUAUCAAUGGCAAAAAAACUACCGGGUUUACAUGCGAAGCCUGUCAAAAAAAGGAUAGUAACGGUUGCUCUUUUUAUGAUGCUGAUUUGUCAUCUCCUCGGGUAAAUAGUGCGUGCAAUGAUAGACAUCAUACAAGCGGUGAGACAAGUCACCGUCUCAGUGCAUGUUUGAGUCGCGAAUCCUUUUCUGAAAAUGCAGAGAGUGAAGAAACAUUGAGGGACGUAACACCUCUGAAGGCAUUAAGAUGACUGUAAAAGCAAACCUGCAUCAAACUUGUGCAAAUAAUUACGAUUCAUUGAAAGUACCAAUCUGUCAUGAUAAGGUUGUCUUAAAUCAGCUUAAGAAGCAGGAGGAGUCAGAGUUUCAUGGAGAUAACAACUCCUUUGUUUAUGGAUCAGACUACGCAAAGACAAGGGCUAGUGACCAUAACAGUUAUGCAGAGAAGAAAAAUACAUCUUAUGGCUCAGCUUCAGUAUAUAGUUUCUCUGAGACUGAAAAGGCUGUUAACGGUCAACCUGCUUCUUGUUGUUUAGUUGGUAGUCCUUGUGGCGAGGUAGAAGAUAAUCAUCCAAGGAGGUCAAAUAGAUCUUCCGAUGAGUCUUCGCAAGAGAUUUUGUGUUGUUCAAACAAAUCAGACUUUUCUGAAAUUUCAUCCUUACUAGAUUCCUGUGCUGGUGCUAGCUUGGCAAAGGUUGGUACUGGAAUAAAUGAAAGACAGCAAACAGCGGAAUUAAAGUCCAGUACAGUGGUUAAGGAAGUUAAUACAGAAGAAACUACUAUUGGGUCGCGGCCUGCUGCUUGUAGUGAUGGAUCAGACAGCACAGAGUAUGAAGUAAAAGUUUGUGAUAUAUGCGGUGACAUAGGACGAGAGGAGUUGCUUGCUGUUUGUAGCAACUGCAAUGAUGGGGCAGAACACAUUUAUUGCAUGCGUGUGAACAUGGACAAUGUUCCCAAAGGUGAUUGGAUGUGUGAGGAAUGCAUGUUCAGUAAAGAAACUGAGAAGCAAAGAGAAGACGAAUUAGAGGGAGGAGUUAGGAUUUUUAAAAAAACAUACUCUGUAGAAUCAGAAACCAAAGAUUUGGAGGUUGAGGAAAGCAAAGCACAUUCAGUUAGUUCAAUGCCUUUGUACUCUUCUAAGAGACCUGUAGGCAGUUCACAAGCAGUGAGAAAAAGGCCUUUUGGAACAGUUUCACCUAACACAUCGAGUUCCAGCAGCAAAACUUCAAUGCAUCAAUCUGGAGGCCACUCUUCUAGCACUACUAUGAAAACUGUGCGCAUUCCUGUCGAAUCAAGUAGUAAAUCACCUAAAUUGUCAUCACAAUCUCAGGUGUCAAAGGGAUUUCUUUUCAAGUCAAAAUCAUUCUCUGCUCUGAGCUUAAAAGAGGAUGUCCAACAGCUGAAGGAAGGUAGUUUCCACAGUGAAGGAUUUGCUAAAGAAACUGCUGCCAGUGAGAGUAAGGGUAGAGUUCAAAUGAUGUCUAAAUCUAUGUCAUUGAAGAAUAUGAGGUCAUAUAGUGUGAAUAACAGUAAUCAUGACGUUAAAUCACUUCCUAACUUUUCUCCUGGUGAGGAUUUGAAGGGAUCAAGGCAUCCAAAAGGACAGUAUUCUGCUAAGACAGAAAAGAAAUUGAGAUUAGUAAACAGUGAUUCAUAUGCAUCAUUGGCUGAUCAAAGAAUUGCAUCCCCUGGCGAAAAUAGUUUGCCACACCCUUCAAAUUCCUCUUGUCAUGAUGUAAUGGCUGUGAAAGGUCAUGAAAUAUUAGAUAAUUCAUUGAAAAUAUCUGGUCAUUCUUGCCAAGGAAGUUCACCAAAUGAAGGGAAAAAGAGAGUUGUCAAUGUGAGGCAGCAUGUUGAGUAUUCUACUGAAGUAGUGCUUGCUACCACUAUGAAGCAUUCAAAUGGCAAUGUCCAAUCUGACGAAUGGCCUUGCCUGAGAGAUUCGUCUAUGUUUGAUUCUGAAGUACAUAUGCCUUCUUGGAUUUCUGCUGUUCCACAGCUUGAUUAUAUAUGGCAUGGCAAGUUCGAAAUUCAAAGGAGUGGAGGACUUCCAUUUACUUGUGAUGGGAUGCAAGCACACUUAUCAAUUUAUGCCUCACAUAAAGUUCUUGAAGUAGUGCAGAAACUGCCUCGAAAACUAUUGUUGGAGGAAGCACCUCGAUUGAGCAUGUGGCCCACUCAAUUCAUGAAAUGUCAUGCUACUGAAGAUAAUAUUGCUCUUUACUUUUUUGCGAAGGACCUUGACAGUAAUGAAAAAAGCUAUAAGAACUUGUUGGAUAGGAUGAUUAAGAAUGAUUUCAGCCUCAAAGGGAAUUUUGGAGGGGUUGAGCUUUCAAUAUUCUCUUCUAACAUACUCCCAGGAAAAUCUCAGCGUUGGAAUAACUUGCUGUUUUUAUGGGGUGUAUUUAGAGUAAAGAGGCUUCACUGCUCACGACAGAUUCCAGCCUUGUUUGCUUCUGAGAAUUCGCUCCCUCCUGGAAAGUCAAGUCAAAAUUUAUCCGCAUCCUUGGCAUCUUUUAAUACCCAACAAACAUUAAACUCGAACAGUUCACUUGUCUCAAAGGCAGUUACUUCUGGUAGAGUGGUUGAAGUGUGUGAAACCAAAGCAUCUUCUUGGGAACAGAAACCCCCAGAUUUUCAAACAAGUUGUAGUCAGCAAGUGGGCAGAGUUGACUCAUCUCAGAAUUUCUUGCAGAGGGAAGAAAGUGAGUCAAAAAGAAAACAUGAAAUUGAUCUCAAUUAUUCUCUUCAAGAAAACCAAGAGCAUUUCGCAGACUGUACUUCGGUUGAUGGAAGACAUGACUGCAAGAGGCUGAAGACUAGUCUUAGUGGAUUGAACAUGGUUAAUAAUAGCAUUAAGGAUAUAAAUGAGAGAUGUUCCAUUGCUAUAGAUGGCAAAGGUCCAAGCAUUUCUGGUGAAUUGAGGUGCAAUGGAGCUUAUGACAUAUCCAUAGUUUCUCCUCAGUUAGAUUCAGUAGCCAAUAAAUAUAGGUGGAAGUCCUUGCAGCGGCAAGUUCUUCCAAAUGACAGUGGGAAUGGACGAGAUUCCAGUGUUUCAAGUCUUGAGCUUAAGCUUGGGGUUGAAAGUAGUUCUUCAGAUGAGGGAGAUAUGCCCCCAUUUUUCAUGAGCGGUAAAGAUUUAGGAGACAAGAAUUCUGAAAGAGAAACAAGUGAUAGUAAUCCUUCACUUGCUCUUUCCCUUGCAUUGCCUUAUCCUAAAGUUGGCGGCAGAGUAUUGAAACCUGAUUCAGAAAUGAAGUUACCCAAGUGCCAAGAGGUGAACACUACACUGUCACUUUUUGGUUCAUCUUCAGACUAUUGGGAUAGAAUAAUGGUAUUUGAUGUAAAUAAAUAGAGCUCAGACAGUGGUUUCGUGGUGUAUACCUGCGUCACUGAUAGUAACCUAUAGGAUGAUAUUUUCCAAACUUUAAAUAUGAAAACAUACACAAGCUUUCUCACAAACUUAU